AUGUCUCUCAUCGUCACCGGAACAGGUCCCGUCCUCGUUACAGAAACGCCGUCAGAGUAUCUCUGGAUGCCGCAAGGCAGCGAGAAGGCCCCUGUCCCGCCGCUACUCCAGGCCGCCAACGUCGUGGUUCUCGACUCCGUCAAGUCGGGCAACAGAGUCUCCACGAAAGACGUCUACAAACAGCUGUUGUUGCCGCUUCUGGACAGCUGGAACCUUUCGCACCGCUACAUUGCUACCACAUCGCCAGAAACUUCCCGCCAAGUCGCCGCCAGCAUUGGUGCCGCGCCGACGCUGCUCAUCCUAAUUUCGGGCGACACCACCAUCACGGAGCUCGUCAACUCCGUCGCCAGCACAGCCACGGUGACGCUGCUGACGGUGCCAAUGGGCACGGGCAACGCGUUUGCGCACUCUGUCGGGCUGUCGACGCCGCUAGAGGCCGUCCAGGCGCUCACAGGGGGCACCGCGCACCCGCUGCGGCUGUACGAGGCCGUCUUUGAGCCCGGGUCGCAGCUGCUCGCGCAAGGGCACGCGCAGCCCGUGUUGAGUCUGCGGUUCCUUGUAGUUGGAUCAUGGGGGCUGCACGCGUGUCUGGUGGCCGACUCGGACUCGCCCGAGUUGCGUAAGCUGGGCAACGAGCGGUUCAAAGUUGCCGCGCAGCACAUUCUCGAGAAAAAUCCCGUGUUCCACGGCUCGUUUCGCACAGACGGGCUAGCGGUGGAGGACCACGCCGCACUCAGCUAUUUCGUCGUGGCUGCCGUGCCGCGGUUUGAAGCAACAUUCGAGAUCUCGCCCGCUUCUGACCCGGCCGAAAACGCGCUCCACGUGGUGUACUUCCACCACCAGGCCCCGGCCGCCGUGAUGGAGAUCCUGGGCCAGGCAUACGAUGCGGGCAAGCACGUCCAGGACCCGCGCACGAGCAGGACGCCGACCUGCGCCGAAUCUGCGUGGACGGCCUGA